AGGAGACUCAGUGGAGACAUUCUCAGUGCAAGAGGGUUGUUCACUCCCAGUCCUUGGGACACAUGAGCCCUUUUGCUUAGGACCCUUUUGGACCUCCUCCAGUACACCUCCUCACCUGGCUGUUCAUUUCUGUUUCAUAAUGAACCAGUAAAUGUAAGUUUUCCUUCUUCUGGGAGCUGUUCUAGCAAAUUAUUGAACCUGAGGAAGGUGUUGUGGGAACCCGUGAUUUAUAGCUGGCAGACGUAUGGGUGGCCUGGGACUUGUGACUGGCAUCUGAAAUGGGGGCAGUCUUGUGGGCCAGAGCCUUUACCUGUGGAGUCUGCCCAACACUGGGUCGAUUAGUGUCAGAAUUGCAUUGAAUUCUGGUUUGUUGGUUGGUGUCCAAGAAUAGGUUGAGACAGAUAAUAAACAAUACAUACAUAAAUAAGUAAACAUAUAAAGUAUGUUAGAUACUAAAAGUGUCAAGAAGAAAAAAUAGAGGAAAGGGGUUAAAUAUUUUUAGGGGAGGGUUGUUGAAACUUUAGGUUGGCUAGCGAAAAGACUCGCAAAGAGGAGACCCCUGAGUUAAAGAACUGAAAGGAGCACAAGAACAAGCUGUUAUUGACAGGAGGGAAUAAACAGCCAUGCAAAGUCCAUGAAGGAAGGCUGCCAGGUGUGUUCCAGGAACAGCAGGGAAGCCAGUGUGGCUAGAACACAGAGAAUGAAGUGAAACAUGGCAGUGAGUAAAUUUGGAGAGGUGAUAAAGAACCACAGAGGGCUCUCUAUGUCCUAGUUAGAUAUUUGGCUUUUACUGUAAAGGAAAAAUACCAUUUGAGGGUUUUGAGCGGAGGAGUGAUGAGAUCUGGCUUUUGGUUUUAAUAUAGCAGAUUCAGGGACAGUAGUUAGGAGGCUAUUGCAAAAGUCCACAUAUAAACAGUGGUAACUUAAAACAGGCUGGUGCAGUGGGAAAGUUAACAAGCAUAAAAUUCUGCAUAUAUUCAGACUUGUUAAGAAAUGUCUGAAUGUGGGUAAAAUUGUAGCAUUUCCAGAAUAUCUCGCCUGGCUUUAGUAUAUCUGCAUAUCAAUAGGCGCUCAGAGGUGGAAAGAAGUUUGGCUUUAGUGCAUUUGCAUCUUUCCUCAGAGGUGGAGGGGUUCAUCUCCAUAUCAAUGGGUGAUUUACCUGGACAACGGGGGACUUAUCUGUACCUGAGAGGUGAGGGGGAGGGACAGUGUUGUGGCUGCUGGAGCAGAGAAGAAAGAUGGCCUGAGACUGCAGUUUGUGAGAAAUAAAUGGGUUUUAAACUUUAUUUCUCCCUUUGACUGAUUUUGGUUUUUAGGAGUAUUUUACCAGGGAUUUCCUUUCCCCAAACUGACAAUUGGCGUAGUAUUGGCAGGAUUCCUGUGAACCCAAAAUCUGUCAUAAUGGGUGCGAGCUUUGGGAGGGCCACCCCUAGAAAUGAUGGGGAAAAGCGGUGCUCACGCCGAGAAACAUGUGUCUACACUCGUGUGGUCGUGGAGGCGCCACCACCGCUGCUGGCCAUGCCAACCCCGGCCCGUGGCCCGAGCCUAAGGCUACUGCUUCUGCCACUGCUGCUGCUCGUGCUGCCAGCCGGAACCUGGCCACAACCAUGGAAAGGAGCAGAGGUCCGGGUCACCUUGAUAGAGAAGAAACUGUCUGCUGGGUACCAUGCCUUGCUGGCUACAGAGCCCAUCACCGGAACAGCUCCGACCAAGCCAUUCACUGGAUUUGGGAGAUAACAUUCGACUUCAUUUGUUUGAUGGUGGAACACUCGUGAUCGAAAACAUGCACGAGUCAGACCAAGGUGCAUAUCAAUGUGUGGUCAGAAACUCAUCUGGGGAAGAAAAGACACGGAAGGCCAGGCCCAGAUACUCCACUCCUCCAGGUAAAGCUGCUCCUUCCUGACUGAGCUCAGUGUAAGCGCAUCAGUCAGCCAGCAGGUAUUCCCAUUACAAUGACUUUCUAGUGGCUCUAAAGUAUGUGAUGCUUAAAAGGGAGACAGUUGCCAUUGUAUGUCACUGUAUAAUCUUGUUUUAGAGAAAGUUGACUUUUUUUUCUCUUGAAGCUUAGUUUCCUCCCUUAGUUCUAGUCUCUUCCAGUCACCAUAGGUGCUGUCCUGACUUUGUUACCUGCUUAGGUUCCACAGAAGAUCACCCAGCACCCUGGGCAGAGGGAAACAGUGGCACCUCGGCAGGAACAUCAUCCUUUAAACAUUUCACUCAGUCCUUCAUUCCUAAUUAAUCCACUCAACAAAGCUUUAUUGGAUGCUCACAGGUCAACCCCUCAGCUUUCUAGGAGCUUUGCAAUAAUGUCCACGGCUGAUAUAAACCAGACACAAUAACUAUGACAAAUUUUUAUUAGUGUCAUUUUGAGAUGAUGGAAAUAGUGAGACACUGUCUCUCGCCUUACUGAUCCUACAGUCUACUAGGUGAUUGCCAUCAUUCAACAAAAUGGUUAGUUUGAUGAUGGGUAAGGAGAGGGAUUAGAGCAACAGAGAGAGUUAGAGGCCCUUUCCUAUAAACUCCCCUUAGAGGAGAGUUGUGUGCUGGGAAAUGUUUAAAAAUUGGUUCUGUGGGUUAGGAGGAAACCCUGACUUGCAGCAUUUGGCAGUUGCCGUGCUGUAAAUGUUCCCGAGUCUGAGCUCCUGCC